GGUUGGGCUCGCACGACGCACGAGUACUGGUCAACCAUUCCUUGAUCGUAUCUGAAAAUGGCGGAAGAUAAGAAGUCCCUGAAGAAGAAGUCCAAGGAGGUGCAUGAACUCAUCGCUCCUGAAGCGACCACCCCAGUGCUGGACACGUCCAAAUGGCCACUCCUUCUCAAGAACUACUCGAGCUUGAACAUCCGCACGGGCCACUACACGCCCAUUGCCAGCGGGUCCACCCCUCUCAAGCGCAACUUGAACGACUACGUGCGCUAUGGUGUGAUCAACUUGGACAAGCCUGCGAACCCGUCGUCCCAUGAAGUCGUGGCGUGGAUUCGUCGCAUCCUCCGCGUGGAAAAAACCGGCCAUAGCGGCACCUUAGAUCCCAAGGUCACGGGGUGUUUGAUCGUGUGUGUGGACCGCGCGACUCGGUUGGUCAAGUCCCAGCAAGGCGCCGGGAAGGAGUACGUGGCCAUCGUCCGUCUUCACAGCGCCAUCGAAAGCCAAGCAGUGUUGGCGCGCGGCAUCGAAACGCUAACCGGCGCGUUGUUCCAGCGCCCGCCGCUGAUUUCCGCGGUGAAGCGCCAACUGCGCAUCCGCACCAUCUACUCGUCCAAGCUCAUCGAGUACGACCAAGACCGUCACCUGGGUGUGUUCCACGUCAGCUGCGAAGCCGGCACGUACAUCCGAACCCUGUGUGUGCACUUGGGGUUGGUGCUCGGUGUGGGCGGCCACAUGCAAGAGCUCCGACGCGUGCGGUCAGGCGUGCUCGGCGAGGCCGACACGAUGGUCACCAUGCACGACGUGUUGGACGCGCAAUAUGCGUUCGACACGUACAAGGACGAGACGUACUUGCGCCGCAUCGUGCGGCCGUUGGAAGUGCUGCUCACGACUUACAAGCGUAUCGUGGUCAAGGACAGCGCCGUCAAUGCCGUGUGCUACGGCGCCAAGUUUAUGGUCCCCGGUCUGCUUCGGUUUGCUGACGACAUUGACAUCAACGAAGAGGUCGUGCUCAUGACAACCAAGGGCGAAGCGAUCGCGAUCGGGAUUGCCCAGAUGACCACCGCCGUCAUGGCAACAUGCGACCACGGCGUCGUAGCCAAGAUCAAGCGCGUCAUCAUGGAGCGCGAUACGUACCCCCGACGCUGGGGAUUGGGUCCCAUGGCCCAAAAGGUUAAGGGGCUCGUGAAAGACGGCAAGAUUGGCAAGUUUGGCAAAGUGAACGCGAGCACCCCCGCCGACGUUUCCAAGGUGUACAAGGAGGCCAAGGAGGAUAAGGAAGUGGUGGUGCCGCCGUUGGUGCAAGAAGUCAAGGAGGAUGAAGUGGUCAAGAAGGAAAAAAAGGAGAAGAAGAAGAAGGCCAAGCGCGACGCCGAAGAAGUUCAAGUUCAAGAGGCCGCGGACGCCGACGAACCGGAAAAGAAGAAGUCGAAAAAGAAGAAGAAGAAGGCGGACGGCAACGACAGCGACUAGACAAACGUGUUGUUGCUCCGACGAGUUAUCGAGACGAGGCUAGGACUAUAAAUGUGAUAUAUAUAACAAGACAACACACAAUACUAACACUACAG